AUGUCCGAAUUUCCCCAAAACCAGUAUACAGGAUGCUUUGAAAUUUUUGCCAAGGUAAAUGGCAUGAAUCCAGAUAAUUUUAAAUAUGUGAAGACACAGUUCUACAGAAAAGUUUCGGAGGUAACAAACACUUACAUGAAAACUACCAGGGCCGUCCACAAACAUAAAUAUCGAACUGUCUCCAUUCCAAAAGAUUACUCGAAGUCCCCGAAGUUUCAACAAAAGGGAAUAAUAUUCGUGUGGCCCCAGAGGAAGAAGGUUCAUCAUAGCGAAGAAAUGACCUUGAUUACUUGGCUGUUGGCACACGCGUUGUUCUGGUUAAAUAACAUGAAUCUGUUACCGAGCGGGGCAGCUUUACCUCUGAAGCAACCACCUUGGGAGUACAAGCCGCCGGUGAGGAAGCCGGAAAAUAGAGAUUAUAUUAUUGAACCUGACUGGGACUCUUGUUUAAAUAGUAGAAAUCAAUAA